AUGCCUGUCAGAAAGCGGCUCCAACACAGAGAUGUGAGGGGGCCUGCCGGGCCAGCCCGCCGAGGACUGAAAGACCCAAACCCACGGAGGGGAUACCAGUUUAGGGUUGUUGAAGUGACAGACCGGCUCGUUCAGCUUCAGCGAUGCAUGCGCUCCUUGAGUAGCCCUGGGUCUACCGCACAACUGAGAGGUCAAGGGUCAGAAUCAGAAUCUCUGUCGGCCAUUUUGGCUCUGAUGGCAUCUGUCUUGCUUGAGUGUGACCUCCACUGCCAUAGCAACCGGCUCCAAGAGGUGGCACAGAAAUUAGAGGGAGCUGCUGCAGGGAGAGAGGGGGAGAGAGAUCUCUUACUGCUGCUCAAGAGUAUCACACACACCACCCAACCUCCAACAAUGCCUCCAUCCUCUGGACUUCACCCCCAAGACUGCGCUGAAAUUUACCGUUGGGGAAUCAAAGACAAUGGGAUUUACACAAUCCAGCCUGACCCUCAGCUACCAGCUCAAGAGGCCAUGUGUGACAUGGAGACUGACGGUGGAGGGUGGACGGUGUUCCAGCACCGACUGGACGGCUCAGAGUCGUUUAACCGCAGCUGGGCGGAGUACCGUCAGGGCUUCGGCCGGCCGCAGGGGGAGUACUGGUUGGGCAACGCCGCGCUGCACACCCUCACAGCCAACGGCCGACACUCACUCCGCAUCCAUCUGCAGGACUGGCACAAACACACACGCCACGCCACCUACAGCACCUUCAAAGUGGCAUCAGAGGCACAGAGGUUCCGGCUGACAGUAAAAGGCUACAGUGGGGACGCCGGAAAUGCCCUGAGCUACAAUAAGCGCUACAACCAUGACGGCCGAGCCUUCAGCACCUACGACCGCGACCACGACCGCUACACUGCCGGAAACUGUGCCCGUUACUACGGCGCCGGCUGGUGGUUCGAUGCAUGCCUGGCCGCCAACCUGAACGGGCGCUAUUACCAUGGACGCUACAGCGGCCUCACAGAUGGCAUCUACUGGGGCUCCUGGUACAUCCUCACCGAUGCCCGCUCUGGGGAGAGAUACUCUUUCAAGACUGUGCAGAUGAUGACUAGACGCAGACUGGCAUAGUACAGAAGCGUAGCUGCAAGUUAUUAUAUCGUAUGCAAAGGAUUCUUUUAAGUCUGUCACGGCAGAGCCUGACAAACAUUGUUGUUGCAAAAAAAUGAAUAUUCCAUAUUUGAAAAAUGCUGAAUGUGCCAUUUGUUUUUAUACAUUUUUAUACACACAUUGUAUGUGUUAUUUAUGAAUACAUGGACUCACUUUCAGAUGUGA